AUGUCUACCAGAGAGUUCUAUGUCUCCGUGGAGCUAUAUCUAUCUUCUAAGACAGCCUCAACCCUACGAAAGCCCACGGUCAAGAAAAGUAAUGACAAACGCGAAGUGACGAAGGCCGUGUCUGGGUCUAAUGUUGUCAAAGAGAAGUCGAGCUGGCUCGGUCUCGGUCGGCAGUCCUCUGUAGCCGGCCAAUGGCGUCCCGUGACUUGUAAAUUAGUGGACGAAGAGGAUGCAUGCACCCUUAACAUAUACAUAGACGAGACCAUCUUAUACAAAUCUGUCUAUGUCUAUCUUUUAAACCAUACUGACAUCCGACCGAUCCACCGCUCGUUGUUCGAUAGAGCUGAUUGUAUAGGUAUAUUCUGUGUUACCGGACAGGUAUCUAGUACAGCUUCCUCUGCAGAACCGGUCUAUCUGCAAUUCCCGGACACGGACGCAAUGAAGGUCUGGGUUACCCUCCUCCGCUCUUUCGCUAUGCCUGAAGUAUACGGUCGAUGGUUGUCUCCGGAGGAUGGAGGUCUGUAUCGCAUGUGGCGACAGAUUGAAUUGACCUGCUUGCAGGGGCGUAAUCUCGGAACCUCAAGACUGCUUCCCGGGGACCCUGCUAACGCAGAGUCUGAUUCCAAACUUGAGGCUGAUGCCAUUGAUAUCGACGUUUACUGUGAAAUAUUUGUCAAUGGUUGUCUAGCCGGCCGCACCACUGUCAAGAAGGGCGUUGGCUCUCCCGAUUGGCAGGAGCGGUUCAUUAUCGCAGACCUUCCUCUGUUCGAGAAUCUGGAAAUUGUCGUUUGGAGAGAGAAGAAAAUGAUGAAACCCACCAUUGUCGGUAGUGUCGUAAUUGUCCUUGGCAACUUCAGACGUGGUGAACACGUCGAAGGCUGGUUUCCAGUCUUAUCUGGGGGACCCACCACGCGUAUACAGGCCGGAGAAAUCAGGCUAAGGUUGCGAAUCGAUGAAGAAAUUAUCCUUCCGUAUGCAUCUUAUUCUGCGAUGCUUGAAACUUUCAACGCUCGAAACUCCUUGGACUGGCUGAGUGAUUUUGAAUCAAAGCUCAAUUUGAAGAACGUCUCGAAUCACAUCAUCUCAAUUUCCAUUGCCCAAAAUGUUCUCAUUGAGAAUAUAAUGGAACUUGCAGAUCGAGAAGUCGAUGGCACCUUGUCUUCGCACAAUACACUUUUUCGAGGAAAUACGGUGUUGACCAAGACGAUGGAGUCGUUCAUGUCCUGGUACGGUGCAUCAUUUCUUGAGGCCAGUAUAGGACCUGCAGUCCGACGGAUCUGUGGGGAGAAGAUUACCAUUGAAGUUGAUCCCGCACGAGGCGGUAAGGGUAUGAGGGGUGUGGAGAAGAGCGUCGAUGUUCUUGUAUAUUGGUGUCAAGAAUUUUGGGCCGGAAUAUACGACGCACGCAGGCAGUGUCCACACGAGCUGCGGCGACUAUUUGAGCACAUCCGUCGAUUAGUCGAAAAACGAUACCGCGUUGCUGACGACAAGAACCGGGAUCUCCCGUGGCAGAGUGUUUCGGCAUUCUGCUUCUUGCGAUUUAUGGUCCCUGCCAUACUGCAUCCACAUCUGUUCGGACUUUGGCCAGGUCUUCCUGAAGCUAAAGUGCAACGCAGUCUAACAUUAGUCGCUAAGGUGAUCCAGAACCUAGCCAAUCUGAAUGCAACUGUCCAAAAGGAAGCCUUUAUGCGUGGCGUGAAAGAUUUCCUAACCGGUAGCCUGCAGGCCAUGGUAGAUUACAUCGUGGUAGUCUCCACUCCAGAGCCCGGGGACAACCGCUCGACAUCAUACGCACUCGAUGGACACGAGAGGUUGCGUAUAAUGAACGCACUCCGCCAACGUGGUGCGGCUGUACCCGUACUCUACCGAGAGGCGAUCCCUCUUCUGCCUCACCUCUUGGACAUACCUAAACAUCUAGCGGCUGUCACGUCUCAGGUGGUCCGAUAUACCAAAGUCCACAGUGUUGGUGCUGCAAUGGCAUCCAAUACAGAGGACGGAUGUUUCGACGAGUUCCGUUCGAAAUGUGUUGCAGUGGAAGAACAAGCCCUUCAUCGCGUCAGCCAAAUGGCUACCGAAGCUAGGCACCAAAGUUCGGGCCAACAUGACGACCGAAUCCUAACUCAACGAAGCGUCAUCGUGUCUACGUCGUCUGGACAUGACCAAGAAAGCAAAGCUUCCUUGCCAUCGAACAAAUCUCAAAGAUGGAAGCCGACUCGCCCGUCAACAGCAUCAUCCAUGGCCAAUAACGUGGAUAUCUCUGAUUCUCUUGGUGUAUCCGGACCUCAAAGCCCAAGCGCUGGACCAGAAGGCUCAACAAUCUGA